UGGGUACCUAUGCCAUGCCCUUGCUUUGUAGAGGCCAACAUCAGCUCUCUUAAAGAUAUCACUUAUAAAUAUUACAACCCACCACUCCCUUCUUUACAUCUAAGCUGGGCAGCAAAGGUUUCAUUAGUUUCUGUGCUCUUUCUCACGCACGCUGCUUCACAUACAUCUGAUCUUUAAUGGAGUUCCAUCUCCUUCCCAUCCUCUCUUUUCUCACUCUUGCACUGGUAGCAAGUCAUGCUACUCUUCCCUCUGAAGUGUACUGGAAUUCUGUGCUGCCAAACACCGUGAUGCCCCCAGCCAUCAGGAGUUCACUACAGCCUGGCUACAUCGACGAGAAGGGCACCUCAGUCGCUGUAGGGAAAGGAGGUGUAGGUGUACAUACUGGAAAAGGAAAGCCAGGAGGCGGCACCAGUGUUUCUGUUGGUGGCAAAGGAAAAGGCGUCGGCGUCAGCACUGGAAAGCCCGGCCAUGGCACGAAUGUUGGUGUUGGGAAAGGAGGGGUAUCUGUGAACACGGGCCACAAGGGAAAGCCCGUAUAUGUUGGAGUAGCGCCAGGAAAAAGUCCAUUCUUAUACAAAUAUGCUGCAACUGAGGAUCAACUCCAUGACAGCCACAACGUAGCUAUCUUCUUCCUGGAAAACGACCUGCAUACGGGCAAAGAAAUGAACUUGCAGUUCACAAAAAGCAGAAAUAAUGCUACUUUUUUACCACGCACAAUUGCCAAGUCAAUUCCUUUCUCAUCUAGCAAAUUGCCAGAAAUUUUGAACAAGUUCUCGGUGAAACCUGACUCUGUUGAAGCCAAAUUAAUGAAGAACACAAUUAAUGAGUGCGAAGAGCCAGCCAUAAAAGGAGAGGUCAAGUUCUGUGCAACUUCCUUGGAAUCGAUGAUAGAUUUCAGCAUUUCCAAGCUUGGAAAACAGGUUCACGCUGUCUCAACAGAGGUGCAAAAAGGAACCCACAUGCAAAAGUAUACAAUUGCAGCUGGACUGAAGAAACUGACAAGCAAAGAAUCUGUUGUUUGCCAUAAGCAGAAUUAUGUGUAUGCAGUGUUCUACUGCCAUAACACGCACACUACAAGGGUUUAUAUGGUUCCAUUGGUUGGCUCUGAUGGGACAAAAGUUAAUGCAGUGGCAGUUUGCCAUACUAAUACCUCAGCAUGGAACCCAAAGCAUUUGGCCUUUCAAGUGCUCAAAGUUCAGCCAGGAACUGUUCCUAUCUGCCAUUUCCUUCCUGAAGAUCAUGUCACCUGGGUUCCCAACUAGAUAUCUGCAAAAUAAAAUAGAAACCUACUCUUAGUUUCACCUGCACUUGUUCACUUGGUGUAGCUUAAAGUUCAACAGUUUGAAAUUCUGUCAGUCAGUAUUUAUCCAUGCAUUUACUUCAAACACCCAACCAUAGUUGAUCAUGAAUACUUACUGGAUAUGUAGACGCAUACCAUGUAUUACUUAUGUUUGGUUUUCACGUUUAUGCAAUAACAUUCUGUUCAAAGGA